ACAAACCCACAUGCAGCUUUUAACGUUAAUGAAUAGUUGAUGUAUGAUAUGACCAAUUAAUCAAGCAAGGAAAAGUCUAUCCAAUUUCUAUAACAAGUCUUUUCAUUUCCAUCAAUUUCACUCAUUACCUUCAUUUGAAAGCUUCUGGUUUAGGAAAUUGUUACAACCUUUGUAAUGGAUUUUUCAUCAAUGACAAACAUCAAGUAACAAGUAACGUGGGGUAUCUAUGUUAAGUUGAUUAUGAUAACUGAUUCAUUAAGCAUCAUUAAUUUCAACCUUUAAUUUAGUACAGUACAAAUUUUUUUAAUUACUGUUUUGGACUUAAAAUGCAAAAAAGUGAGGUAAGAGAAUUUCAAAAAGUAGAUACAUAGUGUAUGAUAAGUAGCAUGGAGAGUACACAACUUGUGAAAGAUAGAAGCAAAUAAUUUUAAGCUAUUUCUUCACAAACACCAUUUCAUUGUAACUUAACUCAUUGUCUUAACAAUGGAAAAUCAAGAGGAAACAGAAGAACUCAAGCUUCUUGCUGAAUGGAAGAGAAAGAAAGGUGGAUUUAGAGCUUCCAUGUUUAUAUUUGUUUUGUCAGCAUUGGACAACAUGGGUUUUGUUGCAAACAUGGUUAGCUUAGUUCUAUACUUCUAUGGAGUGAUGCAUUUUGAUCUAUCAAGUUCUGCAAAUACUCUCACAAACUUUAUGGGUUCAACUUUCUUGCUUUCACUUGUUGGUGGUUUCAUCUCAGAUACUUAUUUGAAUAGAUUCACCACUUGCUUGAUUUUUGGAUCACUAGAAGUUCUUGCUUUGGCAAUGGUUACUUUUCAAGCUGCUUCAGAUCAUUUACAUCCAAAUGCAUGUGGGAAAUCAAGUUGUAUGAAAGGUGGAAUAGGAUUCAUGUUUUACACAUCAUUGAGUUUAUUGGCAUUAGGUAUUGGAGGAGUAAGAGGAUCUAUGACUGCAUUUGGUGCUGACCAAUUUGAAGAAAAAGAUCCAAAUGAAGCAAAAGCUCUUGCUAGCUUUUUCAAUUGGCUUUUACUUAGUUCAACUCUUGGAGCAAUUACUGGUGUUACUGGUGUUGUUUGGGUUAGUACUCAAAGAGCUUGGCAUUGGGGAUUUUUCAUAAUUACCAUUGCUUCUUCUAUUGGUUUUGUUACUCUUGCUCUUGGGAAACCUUUCUAUAGAAUCAAAACUCCAGGAGAUAGUCCUAUAAUCAGAAUUGCUCAGGUUAUUGUUGUGGCAUUUAAAAACCGAAAGCUGUCAGAACCAGGAUCACACGAAGAACUAUAUGAAAUGAGUGACAAAGAUGCAACAGUAGAGAAAAUUGUUCACACAAAACAAAUGAGGUUUCUUGAUAAAGCAGCAAUUCUUCAAGAAAACAUGAAACCACAACCAUGGAAAGUGUGCACAGUUACACAAGUUGAAGAAGUGAAAAUCCUAACAAGAAUGUUACCAAUAGUAGCUAGCACAAUUAUCAUGAACACUUGUUUAGCACAACUUCAAACAUUCUCAGUACAACAAGGAAACACAAUGAACCUUAAACUUGGUUCAUUUACAGUUCCAGCAUCAUCAAUUCCUGUCAUCCCUCUUAUUUUCAUAAGCAUCUUAGUUCCAAUUUAUGAACUUUUCUUUGUUCCAUUUGCAAGAAAAAUCACUAAUCACCCUUCAGGAAUCACACAGCUACAAAGGGUAGGUGUUGGAUUAGUACUUUCAGUGAUAUCAAUGACAGUAGCUGGAAUUGUUGAAGUGAAAAGAAGAGACCAAGGUAGAAAAGACCCAAAUAACCCUAUAAGCCUAUUUUGGCUUUCAUUCCAAUAUGGCAUAUUUGGUAUUGCUGAUAUGUUCACACUUGUGGGACUAUUGGAAUUUUUUUAUAGGGAAUCACCUUCAAGUAUGAAAUCAUUGUCAACAUCUUUUACAUGGUUAUCUAUGUCAAUUGGUUACUUCUUAAGCACUGUUUUUGUCAAUUUGAUUAAUGUUGUUACAAAAAGGAUUACUCCUAGUAAACAAGGUUGGUUACAUGGGUUUGAUUUGAAUCAAAGUAAUUUGAACCUUUUCUAUUGGUUCUUAGCUAUACUAAGUUGUCUUAAUUUUUUCAACUAUCUUUAUUGGGCCUCAAGAUAUAAGUACAAAUCUGAAGACCAAGAUUCAAGCUCAAUAGGUUUGAAGAGUUUACAUGAAAUGCCUCACAAAAUGAUUGGUGGGACAAAACAAAAUUGGGAAGGUAACAUUGGUGGAAACAUUCAAGAUUGAAAAGAAGAAUGGAAGCACAAGGUUAAGACAAGAAUUGAAUGGAUGUUUUGGACUGAUUAUACUGGAAAGAAUAACCAUGAAAUUGCUACUAUGUACUAAGUUUUUGGUAGUGCUUGAAGUAUGUGUUAUGGUACAUGUGUGCUUGUAUGAUUGGUUGGUAUUGUUGGCUCUAGCCCUAUAAUGUAUUCAGAUUUUAAAGGUUUUUUUUUUUGUUGUGACUUGUUCCUAUAGUUAUAAGGUAAUUAAGUUGAUUAAUCUUGAUUUGUAAUUGCCCUUUAAGUAAUGUUAAAUGUUAAAUAGAGUGCUUCUACUUCA